AUGUCCAGCUCAGCUCCGCCCGUCGUGGCCGGACCAUCCAUACCCGCCGAUUCACAAUUGCCAGACAUAAGUCACCUGAGUCGCGCAGAACUGCAACAAUUGCUAGGCUCCACGCACAGUGUUCAAUCCAACGACGAUGCGUUUCACAGCUGGGUAGCGCGCAACGUUCCUGCUCUCAAAGCUGCGCAGCAGGAAGAAGAAGCCUUGCUUCGUCGAGCUGAAGAGUUGGCCGAGAUCAACAUGCAGCUCAAACCCGAGCUCGAAGCAUUGAGAAGAGAAACAAAAGAGUACUUUGAUGAGGCUAGAAAGCUGGAGUUGGAAUGGCCAGAGCUGGAAAGGAGGCAAAGGGAAGCUUACAAGAGGUUUGCACCUUCAUCUCUCUUGGCCCUCCUCACCCAAUCCACUUCCAAGCUGCACGACGAAUCGGAAUCGCUGGCGGGAGCAUUUGUGGAAGGCCUGCCUCUCGACGCUGCUCUGGACGCCUCUUUGAGCUCGACGACUCUCGCACCUGCGAACAGAAACGAAGAUCCAGGAACUGCUUUUGUCAAGAGAUAUCGACAGCUUAGAGCUACCUAUCAUCGUCAGAACAUUGUUGCGGAGCGCUGGACCAGAGGCACCGUGGUGUGGAAGGACGAAUGA